AAAAUAUCGCCACGUGUCGAAAUAAUUGAAGCUUCUAAAGAGGAUAUAAUCUUGGAUGUUCUUCCGGACAGAACACGACUUCGAGACAAAGAAAAGCAAAGCGAAACUGGAGAAGACAGAUCGACGAGUUCAGCGAGAAUGACCAUGGUUAAGGUUGAAGAGGAGGCACGAGCUUCCGUCGAAGGUGGAUGCGGUGUUGGCGGAGAGGAGAUCGGCGGUAACGGCACCGUGCAUGGUUCCAUCGCCGGAUCUGUCGCCGGAGAAGGUGCUGAGAAACCAAUUCCCGAAGCUGGGUCCUUGGAAGUGCCUUCCUCUGAGCCAGAUGCUUCAACGACCCGUCCUAAUCGACUGACUAUCUUCUUUGGUGGGAAAGUUCGCGUCUUUGAUGGGAUUCCAGCAGACAAGAUUCAAGAAAUCAUCCGUAUUGCUGCUGCUGCUGCUAAAUCCAUAGAGACAAAGAACUCUGCGAACACCAGUCCUGUCGCUUCUCCAGCACUGAACAGAGCUCCUUCUCUCUCAAGCACAUCCAAUGCAGCAGCUUCGCCAGCUGCUCAGUCAUUUCCCAUUCACCCUAUUUCAUUCUGCAGAUCUGCUGCUGAUCUACCAAUUGCAAGGAGGCAUUCGCUUCAACGAUUCCUUGAGAAGAGACGUGACAGAUUGGUGAGCAAGAACCCUUACCCUGCUUCAGACAAGAAGACAGAUGUCCCAAGGGACGAUGCCUCUAUUAAGGAGGAGUAUCCGACUGCUUAGCAGAAGAUCAACCUUCAAGCCUGCAAUAAUAAGCUUAACGAAUAUAUAAUUCCAUCUAAGUGAAACAUAUAAUUCCAUCUAAGUGAAACUUUAUGAUAAUGUUAUCAUCUAUGCUGUUUUGUGUUGUAUGAUAGUGUAUGUACAGGUUUGUUAGACAAGCCGAAUAUUUGUUUGCAUCAUUUUACAUUUUCGCCUAGGAUAAAGACAAGAGUCUUUAUCUUAACUAAUAACUCUUGUUGUUAUUUUAUCGAACUUGUAAUCCCUUUCAGAUACAAUUUGUGUGUAAUAUUUAAUGAAGUCUGUGUUAUUGUUA